AUGGCACCUUACAUUCAAGAAUUCACUGGCGCCGAUCUCGUCUCUAAGGCUAACCUCCAAUCUGAGAGCGCGACGCUCAACCACGUCCAGGACCCAAAGCCCGUCGCGGACGACUUCAUGUACGACUUCAAAUACAACCACAGUCUCCCCACUACCGACACCUUAGCCGUUAAGAUCCCCACCGAUUGCGAGGCUCAGAAGGAGGCCGAGGGUAUCGUAGCCCGUCUCUCUACUGCCACAUCAGAGGGAGAUGCGCAAGCUUUCGCUGGGCUAUCCGAAAUCUCGACUUUAGCUGACCUCAGAUGUACAGGCGUGUGGCGUGACAAGCUCUCAUUCACCUGGGACUUCCGCACAUUCAACUUCAGAGAUGCCAUCUUAAAGGCUGCUGCCGACCUGUUGCCUCAAACCAAGGCUAGAAAUUUCAACUUUCUCGAGCCUGCGCCUUCGGUGUCUCGCCCUUACCCUGACUUCUCUCAGCUGCAAUUCGUUGUAUCCUUCGAGACUGAGAUUGUUCUUGCUUCAGCCGUCAUCAAUGCAGUUCUCACUCAAGAAGGCUGGAGAAUUUACACCAUGCAUACUGUUGCUGAGAGCCUCAAGCAGUUCCCCGAGCAGGCCGCACCAGAUGGACACAUGGCCGGUAUCACUAGCUGGGAGAGUCAGAGAUCCGAGACCAUCAACACUGUUGACCCAGAGGUGCUGAUCAUCGGUGGUGGUCAAAAUGGUCUCGCUAUCGCAGCGCGCUUGAAAGUGCUUGGUAUGGAAAACCUGAUCAUCGAACGCAGCGACGAAGUCGGAGAUAUCUGGAAGAAGCGUUACGAAUAUCUUUCACUGCACUUUCCGCACUGGCCCGAUGCCUUACCAUACUUCAAAUAUCCUCAACAUUGGCCCACAUAUACCCCGGCUCAGAAGCAGGGUCUAUACAUGAAGUGGUAUGCCUCCGCCCUGGAGCUCAAUGUCUGGACCAAGUCGGAGAUUGUGAAGGCCGAGCAGGACGCCGAGGAUAAGUGGACCGUAAUAAUCAACAAGGAGGGCAAGGAGACUCGUACGCUGCAUCCUAAGCAACUCAUCAUGGCCACCUCGCUAUGCGGUGUUCCUUCAACCCCGGUCGUGCCUGGCAUGGCCGAGUUCCGGGGCGUGAUCCGUCACUCCAGCGCCCACAAGACUGCCCGUGACUUUGUCGGAAAGAAGGUCUGCGUAGUUGGUACCUCAUCCUCGGGCUUUGACACAGCUUACGAGUGCGCCCGCCUGGGAAUUGAUGUGACCCUCCUUCAGCGGUCACCAACUUACGUCAUGUCUUUGACCCAUUCUGUUCCACGCAUACUUGGAGGUUACGCGCCAGACAAGAAUGGCAACCUCCCCGAUACCAAAGUACAGGAUCGUCUCAUGUUCGCUACACCAGUUGGACCUGGCGAGGAACUCGCCAGGCGCACCGCCAAGGUCCUUGAGGACCUGGACAAGCCCCUGCUCGAAGCUCUUAACGCUCGAGGUCUGCGAACAUGGCGCGGCCAGCGCGAUACUGGCAACUCCACACUAGGUCAGACUCGGAACGGCGGAUUCUACUUCGAUGCCGGUGCUUGCGAAGAAAUUAUCAAUGGCAACAUCAAGGUGGAGCCUGGCUUCAUUGAGAAGUUCACCGAAGAUAAGGUGAUCUUAAACGGCGGCCGCGAGAGGGAGUUUGACCUAGUAGUCUUUGCCACCGGAUUUACAAACAUGAUCGACUCCAUUCGAGCCACUCUUGGUGAGAGGAUUGCAAGCCAAUGCGGACCUAUUUGGGGUAUUGAUGAGGAAGGCGAGUACAAGACGGCCUACCGGGAGACAGGAGUGCCCAACAUGUGGAUCAUGGUUGGUUUCCUUCCAAUGACCCGGUAUGCCUCCAAAUUAUUGGCUUUGCGACUGAAAGCUCUAAAGGAGGGAAUUUCCCCACCCCCUUACAAAGUUUAG